AUGGCCGUCAACAAGUAUCAGCGGAGGAUGCUCCGGAGCGUCGAAAUCGACCUCUCAAGUGAUCACAGCAAAGAAGGCGUACUGAGUGAUCAGGGACAAAGAUCGGUUCGAAAACUCAUUCAAAAGGUAGCUGUGCUCCCCGGAAAGCCCAACGAUUUGGUUCCAAGCUCUAAGGGGUUGUUGGAGCGAAUGAAGGAAGAAGAUCUCAAACGCUCGAUCGUCUUUCAUGUGGGAACAAACUGCGCAGCUGCGGAGAGAAUCGGUGGCCAGAUGUUCCCCAGAUUCGCCGGGUCGUUCCUCGAUGAUAGGUGCCAGGAGAGGAUCCUGGAACUCCUCGGGUUUCGAACCAUGGAUGAGAGAAGGGAGCUCAUCUCUGCGCCUGAACGUGGGACCUACAACUGGGCUCUCGAGACACCCUCACCAGACGAUGGACGACCUUUGUCAAGGGCUUCGUACAGACCCAGGGGCGUACUGGAUUUCUGGAAAACCAGGUUCAGGAAAGAGCACGUUGAUGAAAAAUGCGGCACACCAAUUAACGAACGCAUGACUUACUGCUGCAAAGAUGGGCUGGAGAACUGA